AUGCCAUCGUAUCAACCACAACAAAUCCGAAGCCCACUUCCUUUCCUAGUAUUGGGCUUUUUGUUGUUCGCCUAUGGUGGACAUUCAGCCUCCCCCAUUAUUCAACAUGACAUGAAAAAUCCCGCCGAGUUCACAAAAUCCGUCAUAUUGGCUUUCACAAUUAUGGGUAUUAUGUAUGGUCCCGUGUGCAUAAUGGGCUACCUGACGUACCACGAUUCAAUCAGGGACUCCAUUAUUCCUUCCAUUCAGACUGUAUGGAUCCAACAAGCAAUCAACAUUCUUAUCACUGUACAUUGUAUCCUAACGCUCACUAUUGUAUUUAAUCCACUGAACCAGGAACUUGAAGAUCUCUUCCACUGCCCACAUCGUGAGUUUCCUCAGAAAAUUUUCGGUUGGCAACGAGCUUUGAUCAGAACGGUUACAAUGUUAGCAGUCGCGUUCGUUGCCGAGAGCAUACCUAACUUUGGUCCGCUGCUUGAUCUCUUUGGAGGUUCGACCCUAACUUUAACGUCAGUUAUUCUACCAUGCCUCUUCUAUCUCUACUUGAAUGCACGACUAGAGAAGGAAAAGGAUAUUGGCGAAAAAGACGACAGACCGGUAUCAUUCAGCGAAGUAUUCAAGUACAACCCUCGACCUACGCUCAUCAUCUGCGUUAGCAUAAUAGUAUUCGGUCUUAUCGGCGGAGCAGCUGCUACGUUUUCCGCUAUUGUCGAAUUAACCUCAACCAACUUCCUGUUGCCCGUGUUACGUCAGUCCAUUCGUUAA